CCUGGGAAAAGUGUAAACGCCGCCCUAGGAAUGAGACCGCCAUUCCGAAUGAAGAAACGGAAGAGAAGGAGGACUGAGGUGCAAGAUAAAUCGCAAAUGGGCUAAAGAUAUUUUUUUUUCUUUGAAUAGCAGCCAUGGCGAGAUGGUUCAAGGAGUUCCCCAUCAACCUGAAAAACGGUACCAAAACGUCCGCCUUCAAGACGGGUCAACGCAAAAACUCCUCCGGGGACGACGGCGGGCUCGUUGGCACCACCCUCCUACCCGGACGGAACCGCAAGAACUCUCCUACGGAGCUGAACAGGGGGCAGAAAGAUGGCAAACCGCGGGACGGUCUCCCCCUGGCCGGCAAAGGCCGCAAGAAUUCCAGAACAGAACUGGCGGCGGUGUCGGACGAGAUCAGGAACGGGAAGGGCGCCGCGAGCUGCGCUUACAUCAGUAGAAUGGUCCGUGUGGACACGAUGGACAAGAGCCCCAAUUUUGACCCCGGUACCGUCGCCAGUCACCAAGUGGUACCAGAUGCAGACAAACAGGCCGAGCAGAGCAAAAUGGACUCGGUAACCAUCCUGGAGGACUACGCGGACCCCUUCGAUGCCCACCGGACGCGACAGCAACGGGAAUCAGAGCGAGUGGGCGACAACGACGGCUACAUGGAGCCUUACGAUGCCCAGCAGAUGAUCACCGAAAUCAGACGGCGGGGAUCCAAAGACCUCCUGCGAGUGCAAAUGGAAGCGGGUGAGAUCCUAAUGGACGGGGGUCAGCCCGAGGGAAUCGGCGAAGGCGAAGCUCACUAUGAGACCUCCGGGGGGCCGCCCAGAGACGAUGCCCCCCAGAAGCAAACGCAGCAUCAUCAGCACAAGAGGCAGAAAAGCUGGACGCAGAAAAUCCUGAGACCCUCAACGCAGACCCCGUCGUCCUGCUCCAGUCCGGGAAGCCCCCCCGAAACUCUCACCUCCUCUAUUGACCCCACACGACCCCUUGAGAAACAGAGCUGGUACCACGGUUCCGUGACCCGUCAGGAAGCCGAGCUUCAGCUGCUGGCCUGCAAGGAGGCCAGCUUCCUGGUCCGGAACAGCGAAUCGGACAGUAGCAAAUACUCCAUCGCCCUCAAAACACGGCAGGGGUGCGUCCACAUCAUGGUGGCGCAGACCAAAGGGAACGGCUUCACCCUGGAUCAGAACGGCUGCGUGUUCCCCAGCAUCCCGGAGGUGGUGCACCACUACCGCACCCGCCGGCUGCCUUUCAACGGGGCCGAGCACAUGACCCUGAUGCACCCCGUGCCUCGCGGCCUUUAGCCCCAUCCGCCAGCGCCGCCCCGUAUGCCACCCGUCGUCGUCGACCCCGGGGGGGAGUUUUUGGACCGAAGACGUGAUUCAAAAAUACGUUCGUUUGCGGUAUCCUUCCGUCCAUUUUCUUAGCCGCUUAUUCUCACAAGGGUCGCGGGGAGUGCUGGAGUCUAUGAUUUGCAAGAAUGAAAAUUAAAUCAUGAAAUGACAUUUUCAUUCCAAAAAUAUCAUUUGAUUCACACUAGAUGGCACAACAAUAUUUUAAUAAUAAAUGAAACUGUAACAAAUAUUAGUUAUAUAUUAACAUAACAAAAGUUCCAAUUAUUUUGUGAGUAUUUUCAAAGUUUCACCUCUAUGUGGCCAGUGAAGCACAUCGGGUACUUGUGCAACAUUCAUAGCACAUUUAUCAAGCCUACUUUAAGUGAUUUUUUUUUUAACAUAUUUUUUUAUUUUUCAUGACAUUCAUAUCAACCUUUUGAGUGUUGCAAGUUAAACUGACUCUCUGCU